AUGCAUUCUGAAUAUGUUGAUACUCGUAAUGGUCUUUAUCCUGCACCACUUGGUCGUAAUGCAAAGGCCAGUGUUGUAACAAAAAUUCGUCAAAAAUUUAAAUUUCUUGGUAAAUUUAUGGCUAAAGCACUGAUGGAUUCGAGAAUGAUUGAUAUGCAAUUUAGUAUUGUUUUUUAUAAAUGGUUAUUAGGUCAAGAAGAAACAUUAAAUCUUGAAGAUCUUAUUCAUGUUGAUAUUAAUUUAUAUGAACAAUUUAAAAAACUUCAAUCUAUUAUAAAUAUACGUAAUAAAUUAAUGACACAACAUGAUAUAUCAAAUCAACAAUUAACAAAUAAAUUAAAUAAUAAAAAAAAUUUUAAAUCUAAAGAUGAUUCUCAAAUAGAAAAUUUAUCUUAUAUAAAUAUGAUUGAUGAAAAUGAUGAUAGAUUAUUAUUUGAUGGUUGUAAAAUUAGUGAUUUAUCAUUAGUAUUUACAUUACCUGGUUAUUCAAAUAUUGAUUUAAAAAAAGGUGGAAAAGAUUGUUUAGUUACAAUUGAAAAUCUUGAUCAAUAUAUUAAUUUGAUUGUAUAUUGGACAUUAGUUGAAGGUGUUCGACGUCAAUUUGAAUCAUUCCGUGAUGGAUUUAAUUCCAUAUUUCCUAUUCAACAUUUAAAAUGUUUCUAUCCUGAUGAACUUCAUCAAGUAUUUUGUGGUAGUGGAUCAACAGAACUAUGGGAUCUUAAAGUUUUAGUUGAAUCAACUCGUUGUGAUCAUGGUUAUAAUUUAAAUAGUCGUGCUGUUAAAUGGCUUUUUGAUAUAAUGAUUAAUUUUGAUGUUGACGAACAACGAGCAUUUCUACAAUUUGUUACUGGUAGUCCACGUUUACCUGUUGGAGGUUUUCGAAUGUUACAUCCUCCAUUAACAAUUGUACGAAAAACAGCUGAAAAUAAUAGUGAUAAUUGCAAUUCAGAUUCAUUUUUACCAAGUGUAAUGACCUGUGUCAACUAUCUUAAAUUGCCAGAUUAUUCAUCAAAAGAAAUAAUGAAAGCAAAAUUAACAACAGCAAUACGAGAUGGUCAAUAUGCAUUUCUACUUUCGUGA